AUGAGCCAAAGUCCAUCGGUGUCGCCAAGAAGGACUCUGAACAACAAAUCAUCGUAUAUAAGCAAUGGCGGCGGGCUGGCCCUGCCUCCUUCGGAACUUAAGCUGAACCAGCAACCGAUCUUGGGCUUUCAACAAAAGGCGACUUUCGAUUCUAAUCAACAGUUCUUCUACUAUCCAGAGUCACCUACGAAGAACCUUAGACCAAGGUUUAACAGCACCUCGCAGAUUAACAAGGGAUUCAACGAAAACCGCUAUGCUGGAUGUAACAACAAUGGUAACAGGUCUUCUAGAUAUGCAAAUACGACUGGUGCUGCAAAUGUUGGUGCCAGUUCUCAUCCGCAUCACCAAUCAGUGUCUCACUUAAAUACCAAAUCGCUUAAGUUCAAUCAAACAAAGGAAGUGAACAGCAUAAAAGAUAUCACAUUUCCUCCCCGAACGUGUACUAUAAAGAGGUAUUUCACCAGCCCAAUAGAUUUAUCUGGUGCAAGAAAAAAUACUAGCACGGCACCUGCAUUGACCAACUCCCCUAUAAAAUCAAAGGCAAAUUUCAAUAUCAGGAAAUACAUCUUGCCUAGAUCCGUCAUUACUACAUAUAAGUUGUCGUCGCCAGUGUACGAGACGAUAGACGAUAUAUCGAAAAAAGUUAUAAUCUUAUUGAUUUCAUUGAAGUUUGAGAAGAACUAUCAUUUUUGGCAACCCAUUCAAUUGUCCGUCAAUAAAAAGACACGGAUCUCAAAGACACUGGAUGAACUGUGCGAGGAACAGCUGGCAUCAACGUUCCAACAACAAAGUCAGCUGCAAAAUAAUGUUAAGUCCCUCAAGAAUCCUUCCAAUACCAAUGCAAAGCAAAGAACUGGCGCUAGCGUUGCUCUAGCCGCUAAUGAGAGUUUUGAAUUGAGUUUUGACGGGAAGGCAAUGGAUAGAUCUGAUAUAUUCCGAAUGGUGGAUUCUUUUAGCAUCGCCAUUUCAGAUGACGAUGACGAUGACGAUGAUGAAGAGGAUGACUUUCAGCAGAGAAGCGAAAGCAACAGAAUUCUACCAGCAGAGAUAUUAAGUAACGAACCUUUGGAAUAG